GAAAAAACAAUAGAAGCCUAACGCAAUGAAGACUUCCAUGAGCAUCGUCGUCGUAGUCUUCUUUGCGACCUUCCUCGCUAUCUCUGCUGCUCCUCCCUUAAACCCCCAGGAAGCUUGCAUACGAAGAAACAUCAACAGGUCACAACCACCAAGCUCUUCACUCGAACACAAGACGUCAAUUUUCGACUCUCUUAGGGACAAUUUGUGCAGAGACAUGGCUCGUGCCGUCAUGUUCUAUGUGAGGAUAACCGGAAAAUUUCCAGCUCACUAUGUUAAGGCGAUGUGUAAUGUGUUUGGAAAUGAUGAGAAGAAAGUGAAGGAGUACGUUAUGGAGAAAUGGUUGGGAGGUUCGAAGCUCCUGUCUAAUGUAUCUUGUGCUUUCCAUUGAUUUGUUCUGUGAUUGACGUUGAAAAGUUAAAACACUUGUUUACUAUUUUGAGUUGAUUUUACAUUAUAGUUUUUUUUUUUUUUAAGGAUUUGGGUUUAUGCAGUAUUUUUGUCUUAGUAUACUAGGAUUCGAACCCCCACGAAAAUAGAAUAUAUUUCUAUAU